ACGAUUGAGUAUACACGUCUACCCACGUCUUGAGAAACUACAGCUUGAAAUGAAUGCUAAAAAUAAUUUACAAGUUGGUGAUAUCCAUCAGCGUACAGUUGGUCCUAUCGAAUCAAAAGUGGUUUGUGGAAAUAAUCAAACAGAGACAUCUAUCAUGCCAUUCGAUUCCAAGCAAGUUUCAGUGGAUGAUAGUAGUAGUAGUGACACUAACAGUAAUGCAUCAACUCUACCAAUUCAUUUCAGUUAUAGGAUUUCAAGACGUUCAUGUGAAUGGCUAACUGAAAAAGCUCUUGAAAUACUUACCACUUGUUCAUUUACAACUGUUCAGUCCCCUUUGACAAGUCAAGUGCACAACAGUUUUACUCUAAAUAUAAUGUAUCAAAAACGAAAACCCGACCGAUAGUUGCUACCUUGACGUAGUGGUCGGGCUUGCACAUCGCAAUGACCCAACAACCUCCACUGACUGGAAGCAUUGUUCCUGCAGGUCCUACCAUGCC